AUGGAUAUCGAAAAGGUUUCAUUCAGCUCAGCCAGUAGUAUUACUGAUGUCGAGGCAGUGCCAAUUCCUGUAGUCGCUCGUCAAUCCUAUUUCAAGCGACUUGUUUUACGCCUAUUUCCAAAUGCUUUAAGUGGUUCUGGUAAGAGCAAUUGUUUUAGUUUACAUGACAAUGGCUCGUCACAAUCUCUCGCAAAUAAGCUGUUCACCUUGAAAGCCGCCCAAGAGAAGGCAUCAGCGGCCACCCCUAGGAGGAUUGUCUUCCAGAUGUUCGAUGCUCCGGGCAAGCUUCCUCUAUCGGGCCAUUAUGCAAUUCAGACAAAGGGCGAAGCAUAUUUUUUGAUCAGAAAGGAAUUGGUUCUUCGAAGAUCGAGACCGCUAUUUGACAAGGUAUUUGGCAAGGGUUCAUUGAAGGAUUGCAAUGCAUUUCCCGCAGCAAUCCUGCCCGACUUCGAUAACGAUGCUUUGGGGGUAUUUGUCGAGUGGACUUACGAUCGCGGCAUUAGAACAAUGCAAUCUGAUGACACGUUCGAGGAAGAAGUCUCUCCACGUCAGAAGAGUCUUAAUAUGAUAGAUUUCUUCAUGGAGAUCCUUUUAUUUGCCGACAGAUACUCACUCGAUGAAUUUCAAGAUGACUUCCUCGAAUUAUUCAUGCAGUCAUUGAAAAAGGAUCGUUCACCACUGGAUAUAGUCCAUGUUCGCCGGUUUCACGAGCGAGUAUCGCAAGAUUCAAAGAUCCGUGUCUUCUUGGUUGAUUUGAUUGCUUUCAUCAUCCAAGAAAUCGAUGCUGCAGGAAAAUUGAAGGAAAAAAGUGCAGCGUUGAACUGUGACCUUUCUAACAACAAGAGAGAAAUCCUUGUUGAGCUACUUCACUUGCUUGGAGGUGGCAAGAUUCGACCUCCACAUGGAAAGUUUUCUGACCCCCGGGAUGCUCCAAGUUGUGUUUACCACCACCACGGCAGUAGAGAAAAGUGCCCCCAAAUAAUCCUUGCUUGCUCUUUUAUCUCCGAGUGUUUCAAUUGA